UUUUUGUUGACUAUUUAAAGCCAUCUUUGACCUGCUUACCCCUUAUACUUACAUUCUUAUUCAACAAAACCUCCCUCUAAUCUUCCCUUGUAAGCCUCUCUCUGUUCUUGGUUCAAGAGCAGCACCAAAACCCAGAAGUCAGAAUUGCCAUUACUGUUUCAAAAAGCUCAAACAUUUAUAGUUUUAUACCCUCAUUUUUUUUUUUUUUUUUUUAUCCUUUAUAUAAUCAUUUUUAUAACGUUUUAAAAGCUGCAACCACAAAAAGCUGCUCAUGCAAGCUUAAAAAUAAGCUUAUCUUAUCGAGAUUGAAGCUUAAUCCGUUGCUGGGUGUGAAGAGAUAUGGUGAGAUACCAGCGUUCUCGUCAGCUAAAGAAAGGAGAACAUGAAAAUAUUGGGGAAGAUGAAGAAACACAGGCCUUGGUUUUUCUGUUUGCAAACUCUGGUUAUAGUAAGAGAACAAGGCCGAAGCUUUUUACUCUUCUCUUUCUCUCUAUUCUUUCUUGCGGCCUGGUUUUGGCUCCUCAUCUCUUUGGCUCUUCUUCUUCUCUCUCUCUUUUAUAUUCCUUUGGCAGAGGAAGUGAAAGAUUUGUUUUGGAUGCAGACAUGAAUUCUCCGCCAUGUUCUUCCAUCUCUAAUGGAACUAUAUGCUGUGACAGGAGUGCUUUCCGCACAGAUGUUUGUAUAAUGAAAGGUGAUGUGAGAACACAUUCUGCUUCUUCUUCAAUCUUCCUUUACAGCUCAAAAACCACCAAAAAUGGCGGUCUCAUCAACUACAUUUCCGGUGUUGUUGAGGAAAGCAGCAAAGAGAAAGAAGACACUGAACUCCAGCACGAGAGGAUCAAACCCUACACCCGGAAAUGGGAGACAAGUGUGAUGGACACCAUUGAUGAAUUGGAGCUCAUCAGGAAAAAUGAGAACAUGGGUAUUGAUCAUCACUGUGAUGUUUAUCACGAUGUUCCCGCCGUGUUCUUCUCUACCGGAGGAUAUACCGGCAAUGUUUAUCAUGAAUUCAACGAUGGGAUUCUACCACUGUAUAUAACCUCUCAGCAUUUCAACAAGAAGGUUGUGUUCGUGAUUCUUGAAUACCAUAAUUGGUGGAUCCUGAAGUAUGGAGACAUUCUUUCUCAUUUAUCAUAUUAUCCUGCAAUUGAUUUCAAUGGGGACAAGAGAACACAUUGUUUUCCCGAAGCCAUUGUUGGUCUCAGAAUCCAUGAUGAACUCACCGUUGAUCCUUCUCAAAUGAAGGGGAACAACAAAAGCAUUGUUGAUUUCAGAAAUCUUCUGGAUAAAGCCUACCGACCGCGGAUUCGAGGCUUGAUUCAAUCCGAGCUAAGAGAAGCUCAAGAGAAUCUGAGAAAGAAACUUGCUUCUCCAUCAUUAUCAUCAUCAUCAUCCUCUGUGCCAGUGGAAUCCGAGACAAAAGCUCAAGUUUCCAAGAAACCAACUCUGGUUCUCUUGUCAAGAAAUGGAUCAAGAGCAAUAAUCAAUGAGAAUUCAAUGGUGAAAAUUGCAGAGGAAAUUGGGUUUGCAGUUAAAGUCCUAAGGCCUGAGAGAACAACUGAACUUGCCAAGAUUUACAGAGUACUUAACUCAAGCCAUGUCAUGGUUGGUGUCCAUGGUGCAGCCAUGACUCAUUUCUUGUUUAUGAAACCUGGCUGUGUGUUCAUUCAAAUAAUUCCUCUAGGAACAGAUUGGGCAGCAGAAACUUACUAUGGGGAACCUGCAAAGAAACUUGGAUUGAAGUAUAUAGGGUACCGUAUUCUUGCUAGAGAGAGCUCAUUGUAUGACAAAUAUGACAAGAAUGAUCCUGUCCUUGCGGACCCUGAAAGUGUCAACAAGAAGGGAUGGGAAUACACAAAGAAGAUUUAUCUUGAGCACCAGAAUGUGCGGCUGGAUCUAAGAAGAUUUCAGAAAAGGUUAAUUCGUGCUUACGAUUACUCGAACAAUCGUUUUCACGUUAACUCGGCUCUAUGAUUAUGAUUGUUUGAACAUUGUAUGGACAGAUGGAUUUGAUUUUGUAUGUAUUAACCAAAAAAAAGGGACUCAGAAUUGUAAGAAGGAAAAAGGUGUCUUUGUAAACAUUUUGUACAUGUUUAGCAGAAAGAGGGAAGGCUCCUUUGGCUGAAUAAUAAUAACACAUGAUUCUUAUGGAGCAA